GGUGGAACGGGCAAAUUGUGAAAUUUUCACAUUGAGAACAAAUUAUUCACUCUGAUCUGCGUGAACUGCCAGAGUAAAGCAGUUUGCACAGAGCAAGUUGUGCAAGUACAGGACCAGUAUGUGUAACUGCACAAGCCUGGGAAAGUUCUCCUGUAAAAAAAAUUCUCCAAGAUGGUAGAUGUUACAGUAGACAAUUUUCCUCAGCUUCUUCCACAAAUCUUGCAAGACAUAAAGACAGCAGCUUUCAUAUCCCUUGACACUGAGUUCACAGGACUUUUGGCUGAUGCCGCAUUUAAGGGAAGCCUAUUCGAUGAUGGAUUGCAAAGAUACCAGAAACUUUCUUGUAAUAUACGUAAAUUCAUGAUAUGCCAGAUGGGAUUGGCUGUCUUCAAGGGAAUUCCUCACACAAAUGGGUAUACUGUGACCUCAUACAACAUUUACCUCUGUCCCCAUUCCUGUACAUCUUUUGAUCCAACUUUCAUGUGCCAGACAUCAAGCUUAGAAUUUUUACAGAGAUUCAAGUUUGACUUCAAUAAGUGGUUGUAUGGAGGCAUCACUUCAAUGAAUACUGAUGAAGAAAAUGAGCUACGCAUAACAUUGUCAUCUGUUAUCAAAGGUCAAAAGAUAGUUGACCUUCCAUAUACAGUACGAGAUCAGGUAAAUGACCUUGGAGUGUGGGCAGUAUCAGCAAAUGAAGGUGAUAUUACUACUAUAACACAACUACCAGAAGCUACGUUUCAGUUCAUGCUGAUUGUCAGUGUGCGUCACAGAUUUUCUGAUUUGUGGGCCUCAAUGCAAAAUGGAGAGGUAGUAAUUCAGAAAGUGUCGGAGGACAAUCGCCAAAAGCUGGAAAUGGAAGAUCCAGAUGGACAGAAGUUGGUCGAAUGUUUUGUAGACAGAAUGCUUGGAUUUACAAAGAUUUUCCGGUACCUGGUAGAUACUCAGAAGCCCAUUGUUCUUCACAAUUGUCUUCUUGACCUGAUGCUACUUUAUAAGCAAUUUUAUAAACAUCUGCCAAGAUCCUAUCAUAUUUUCAAGUCAGACAUGCACCAGCUCUUCCCCACUAUAUAUGAUACAAAACUGAUAGCAGCUGAAAUUAAGAGUAGCCUAAGACAAGCUGAUGAUAAAGCUGGAAAUCUUCUUGGAAACUCCAGUUUGAGUGACCUGGCAACAUCAUUGAAAAGAGACCACACAGCUUUGCACAGACCAUCAGUUCAUCAUGUGCCAGAGACAAAUAAGUACAGUGGGGAGGAGAAGAUGCUACAUGAGGCUGGUUAUGAUGCAUAUUUAACUGGAUCCAGCUUUCUUUAUUUAGCGCAUCUCUAUGCUAUGCUGCAGUUCCCCUCUAAACUACAUCAUCGUCCCAUGAGUCCACGAGAACAUGUUCAUGCAUUAAAAAGUUUUGCAAAUCGAGUCCAAAUGCAAAGAGCAGCUAUUCCAUACAUGGAGCUUAAUGGCCAUGAUCCCAAAUCCAAGCGUCCUCCUUGGCUGGUGAUUGAGAGACAUCCCAAGACUAUAGGCUUUUCACCCAGUUACGUGUCCAGUAUCUUGGGACAGUAUGGUUUUGUUGAUGUUGUGCCACAUGAUAACAAAUCCGUUUUAGUUGCAGCAGCAUCAUGGGAAAGCACAAGAGAAAUUCUGAAAACAUUUAGAAGAGGUGGUACAUUAAAGGCAUCACGAUACAGUAAACUGAAGCAUUCACCCUUCAUAAGAUCUCUUGCUUGGUCGGGUGCCUUAGUGUCUGCAGGUUUAAGUAGCUGGCUUAUUUACAGCACAUUUAAGAAGGCUUCUUCCUGAGUUGCUGUAUAGAUAUAUGAAGAAAAAAAAUAAAUAGUAGCAGUUGCAGUAAAUAAAUGAGUACAUUGCAAAUUGUUCUUGCUCAUUCAUAAAUCAAACUGUUUUGUUUGAUGUUUCAAGUGUGUUCAUUUGUGGAUUUGUGGGCCCUCAAUGAGCUGUGCUUAUGCUGAAGUAUCAAAGGCAUGCUAUCAGUAGCACAAGUUGUAGGGUUACAGUGAAUCUUCAAACAAGAAUAUCUAUGUUCUACACAAUGUAAAUGAAGAAUGAGGAACAAAAAAGGAAUAGUAUGAAGUGAGAACCCACAUAUUUUUCAAAAGAAAACAGUCAUAACCAGAUUUGUAUGUAAUUUGAUAAUUAUGUAGUUAAAUGUAAAUUAUUGAUAAAUAUUUGUAUUUUCCCUGUUUUAUAUAUAUAUAUAUUUCAAUAUAUAUAAAAUUUAGUUUCAUUCUGCAUUAUUGCAUACAUGUUUUCAAUAAGUAAUUAAUUGUUUGUCUUCUUUAAAACUAUUAUAUGAUUUCAGAUUACAGUUCCUAAUAAUUUUCUGAUAGUUACUGUAUUUUUAUUUUGUAGUAACUUUGAGAUUGAUUAUUUCAUAUUAAAUUCUGGGUCAUACUUCUUGAUUUUGCUACAUAAACAAAUAAUUUGCAAAUAUCAGUUUCAUUCACAUUACUAAUAUUUUAGAAAUAAAAAUGAUUGUUCUGGUAAUCUAUAGAAUAUAUUUUCCCCAUAGAGCACCUAGCUAAGAAAUCCUCAGAACACAUCAUGAAAAACAUUUUUUUCCCAUCAAGCAGAGUGCUAAGUUACUUCUUAGGCAACUUUCUUUUUUUGUGAGCUCCCAUCUGCAUUAAAUUUCCUUACACAUAGAAAAAGCACCUCAGACAAAAUUAUAACAACCAAACAUUUCUAUGACAGUCCAACAUCCUUCUCAUCUCUAGGCAAUCUUUUAUUCCUGUUCUAGUUUCCAGUCAUCCACACAAUAAAACAGCAAAACUCAAGCAAAGAUUCCUAGAUUCUUAAAUUUGCAAGUACAGAUCAUGGAUAAUACCCCUGAUCCAAAUGGUAACUACCAAAUAUUUUAUAAAUCAGUUUAGAAACAAGCUGACAGCUGCUGUCUCUUUCUCUUUUUACAA